AUGUUUUUGUCCAGAGAAAAACUCACUGCUGGACUCCAGCCCCAGGUCCCAAGACCUCAGGACCCAAGGACCAAUCAGACCCAAGACUCAGGACCCACAGACACUACAGGAGCCCCAAGACCUCAGGACCCAAGACCUCAGGGCACCAAUACACUCAGGACCCAAGACCUCAGGGCCCCAAACCUCAGGAAACCGCAGACCUCAGGGGCCCAAGACCUCAGGGCCCAAGACCUCAGGGCCCAAGACUUCAGGCCCAAGACCUCACGGCCCCAGACCUCAGGGCCCCAAGCCCACAGACGACACAAGGUUUAG